UGUGUAGCAGGUGCUUGACAACAAACGAAAACGAACCUCCAUCACUGACUGUUCGGUGUCUGCAACUUGUAAAGAUGGCAGGUGAAAAGGUUAUGAAGGGACAAAUCUUGGACUUUGCGGUCCAGAUGAAGAAACUUGUAAAUAACAAAGAACACAGCGAUAUUAAAUUUUUGAUUGGACCAAACAGAAAGCCAAUAUAUGCCCACCGGGCAAUCUUGUCGGCCAGGUGUGCAGUGUUUAAGGCAAUGUUCGCUGACCAGUCCCAGCGUGGCGCCAGUGGCGAUCGCGAAGUGCCAUUCGUCCUGUCUGACAUGUCACCUGAUGUAUUCCUUGCCAUGCUGGAAUUCCUAUACACAAACUGUGUUACACUGACACCUAAAAUAGCAAUUGAUAUAUUGGCAACCUCAUUGGAAUAUGGAUUGGAUGAGCUCAGAAGACUAUCCUCAGAGUUCUUGGUGGAGAACUUGAGUGUGCAAAAUGCCCCAGAAUGUCUUCAAGCCGCAGUCACGUACAGCCAAGAGGAGCUUCGGGAUCACACCAUAGUCUUCAUAGAUGAACACACAGAGAAUGUGUUCAAGUCCAAAGGUUUCCAGGAGCUAUCUGAGGACGCCUUGAUGGAACUUUUAAUGAGUGAUGGUCUACAGCUGGAUGAGAUGGAUAUCUUCAACUUUGUAAAGGACUGGGUCACUGUAAAUGCUGUCGUAUUAAACAAGUCUGUAAGUGACGUGGCACGUAAAGUGGUCUCCAAAGUAAGAUUGGCUCUGUUGGCGUCAUCGGAGAUUGAGGAAAUGGAGAAAGACAACAAGAAAGACAACCUCGUACCUGUUGAAUGUUUUAAUAACGCCUGGAAAUUUCAUGCAAUGAAGAAACCUGAUGCAGAAAAUCCACUUCAAAAGAAGAGGUCUGGUACAAUGAACCGUGAACACCACUCAUAUCUGGCACACUGAAAUAUAUAGGAAUAUAUGAUGACAGUGCUUUUUCGAAUUUACAUAUAUAUAAUCUAUAUGAUGCCUGAUUGACUGGUUCUUAUUCAGUCUGGUUAGCUUUAAACUUUAUAGAGGUACAGCAAAAUAAAACAAAUAUGGUUUUAUAGAAUAUCAAAGAUAUCCUGCAGAUUUCCUUUCCUUAAAGAACAUUUGCUCCUCUUACAUUUUCAUUUUAAAGCUUGCCAGAACGUUAAAGUACACAGUUGGGGGCAAAAUCAGGGUGUGAUACUACACUGUGUGAAAGACAGGGUAUGAUCCUCUCGACUUUUCAUCCGACACAUCAAGAGGUGCUGUUAUGUGUAGAGACAACAACCUUGGUGGUAAGUCUUCCAUGGCUGGAAAUUAAGCAUCUUGCCAAAGAAAGUUUGUUGAUCUCCUGUUUUUCAUGGUGCCUCAGUUACUAGAAAGAGAGAUUUAAAUUUAUGUUAAAUAUGCCUCUGCAAGAAUUUUCUACUGAUAUUAAUUUUGAGAGACUGGUAUAUUCAUUUUAUUUUCUAAACUAUUAGUACAAUUGAUAUUUCCCAUUGACAGACAAGACUGUUUUUACCACUCAAACUAUUAAUUAGUUAGAUAACUGUUUUUGUACUGUUCUACUCUCAUUUAAUUCAUCAAUUUAAGCCUCCACAACGUUGAAGAAUAUGUAUUAGAGGGAGAUAACUUCUGUUUGUCUUGGGCCUCGUAUCAAAAUUGGAAGGUUUCAGCUGAAAGGUUUUUAGCUAAAAUAUAUUUAAGUUAACUAGUGUUGUGUAUUUGUCCAGGAAAUGUGAUAGCCAAUAUUUUUGAUGCAUAAAGAAGAUGUCUUUAGACUUUGAUGUUAAUAAAUUUGAUUAAAUGACUAAAGUAUAUAUAUAUAUAUUGUUCACACUUUUUUAAAAUUCAUUU